AAAAACAAAAAAGGAAAAAACAGAGAGAAAAGAUGCAAACAAACAAAACAAGAAAAAGGCAAAUACACUGUCAAGCACUCUAGCAUAGCACGAUCCGUUGGAUUUGCGAGACAAUCUGCCGAAAGCCCUCUUCUUUUCCCGUUCCCGAUUUAGGGUUCUCUCUCUCUUCCCCCCAAACGUUUCCGUUUGUUUCAGGACGGAGGAGGUACACUCACUUCUCUUCCCCUUUCCAUUUCUCAGCGACUCACUCGAUCUAUUUUCGCUCCUUUUUUGCUCAAACCACUAAAAUCCGUUCAAAUUCAUCUCUCUCUGGAAAAAAGUUUUGAUUUUUAGUUGAGGGUUUAUGUUGGUUCAGCACCACCAAUGGGAGUUGAGUUCUACAAGAAUCCAGAUUAGUUGCUCUGUUCUUUGUUUAAAUCUGCGUGAAUUAGCGAAUAAUUAGCGAAUAAUUAGUGUAUUAGUGUUUCCAGAAACAAUAGUUUGUUUUUUUUUUGCUUUUUUGGGGAUAAUUAGUUGGUUUAUUAGUUUGUAAUUGUGUAUGAUUGAUUAUGGAUAAAGGGAUUGAAAAUUUGAUAUCUGCUAGAAAGUUGUUAAAAGCCAAUGUGGAGAAGUCUAAGGCCUUAGGUUUGUCUUUAGAAAAGGCUGGACCUAGGCUAAAUGAGAUUAAUCAAAGAUUACCAACGUUGGAGGUGGCUAUCCGGCCUAUACGGGCUCAACGGGACGCCCUUAGCACCGUUGGUGGCCACAUUAACCGAGCUGUGGUUCCAGCAGCUGCUGUUCUAAAGGUUUUUGAUGCCAUUCAUGGGCUUGAGAAGUCGUUGUCCGAUGCCCAACACAAUCUUCAGGGGUAUUUGGGCGUUCUCAAACGCCUUGAAGAGGCAUUGAGGUUCUUGGGAGAUCAUUGUGGGAUGGCAAUCCAGUGGUUGGGUGAUAUAGUGGAGUAUUUGGAGGAUCAUAAGGUGGCGGAUGAUUGGUAUAUCUCGGGUUUGAAGAAGGCUCUGGAUAGCCUUCGGAGAUUGGAGGUAGGGGAGGAGAAGGGCCGUCUUGAUGGGGGGCUGUACGUGGUUGCAGUGAAUAGGUUAGAGAAUGAGUUUAGGCGGCUGCUGACAGAAAACAGCAUUCCAUUGCCAAUGUCUUCUCAGUCUUUGCCUGGUGAGCAAGCCUGCAUUGCUCCAUCGCCUUUACCGGUGGCUGUCAUUCAUAAGCUGCAAGCUAUUUUAGGGAGAUUGAUCACUGAUGGCAGGCUUGAAAACUGCGUGGCUAUUUAUAUUGAGGUGCGGAGCUCAAAUGUCCGGGCUAGUUUGCAGGCGCUUAAUUUGGAUUAUCUUGAGAUAUCUGUCUCGGAGUUUAAUGAUGUGGCGAGUAUUGAGGUGUACAUUGCUCAGUGGGGCAAGCAUCUUGAAUUUGCUGUGAAACACCUUUUUGAGGCCGAGUAUAAACUAUGCAACGAUGUUUUUGAAAGGAUGGGGUUGGACGUUUGGAAGAGCUGUUUUGCUAAGAUAGCUGCUCAGGCUGGAUUUCUCGCCUUCCUGCAGUUUGGAAAGACGGUUACAGAAAGCAAGAAGGAUCCGAUCAAGAUGUUGAAGCUUCUCGACAUCUUUGAUUCGUUAAGCAAGCUUAGAUUGGAUUUCAAUAAACUCUUUGGUGGAGCUCCGUGUGCUGACAUUCAGAAUCUGACUCGGGAUCUUAUCAAGAGGCUGAUUGAAGGCGCGUGUGAGAUUUUCUGGGAGCUUCUGGUUCAGGUCGAGCUGCAGAGACAGACGCCUCCGCCUCCAGAUUGUAGUAUCCCUAGAGUGGUGACUUUCAUCACUGAUUACUGCAAUAAGCUUCUUGGCGAUGAUUAUAAACCGAUCCUCACGCAAGCCCUAGUCAUCGAGAGAAGCUGGAAGCACGAAAAGUUCCAAGAACGUAUCCUUAUUAAUGAGCUCUUGAACUUGGUUAAAGCCAUAGAGCACAACUUGGAGACUUGGUCGAAGGGUUAUGACGAUCCUGCCUCGUCGUAUCUGUUCCUGAUGAACAACCACUGGCAUCUAUACAAGUAUUUGAAAGACACGAAGCUUGGUGGCCUGCUCGGAGAUUCCUGGUUGAGGGAUCACGAGCAGGGCACGGGGUAUUAUUCCUCCUUGUACUUGCGCGAGAGCUGGGGCAAGCUCCCAGCUCUUUUGAGCCGGGAGGGGUUGAUCUUGUUCUCUGGCGGGCGUGCCACUGCUCGUAACUUGGUGAAAAAGAGGUUGAAAGAAUUCAACGAGGCAUUUGACGAGAUGUACAAGAAGCAGGCGAGCUGGAUCGUUGCAGAUAAGGAUUUGAGGGACAAGACGCGCCAUGCCAUAGUUCAGACGAUCGUGCCUGUUUACCGGAGCUACAUGCAGAACUACGGCCCUCUGGUGGAGCAAGACCAGAGCGCGAGCAAGUACGCGAAAUACACAGUGCAGUCGAUCGAGAAGAUGUUCGAUUCUCUCUUCCUUCCGAGACCUCUGAAACAGGGGAGCAGUUUCAAGGCGAGGCGAAUGAGUGGGAAGUUCAACAAUGCCGUUGUGGAUCAGUAUAAGACUUCUCCGGUCACUGUAUAGCUGCCUUUGACAAGAUGAACAUCUUGCUGCUUGGGGUUUUAGAGGGAAAUUUUAUGUUAAGUCUACUCAUUCAUGACUUGUCUCUAUUUUGCAAUCUUUAAUAAAUAUUUAUGUGUAUUGUA